UUGCGUUUGUUUAACAAUAGUUUUUUAGGAGCCAUGAAAGAAUACUAUUUUGAAUAAAUAGGUAUUAACAAAAGAGUCAGUCUCCAUUCUGCCAUCCAACAUGUUGGUAAAGUUUUCGGGUUUUCUCGUUCUCCUAGUGCUAUUCUUGCACCAAACCCAACCACAGACUAUUAAGAGGAGAUGCCUGCUGCCUCUGGAUCAGGGCACGGGCAAGGCCUUCUUCCGCAAUUGGUACUUCAAUUCGACGACAAGCAAAUGCCAGAGGUUCGUAUUCUUUGGUGGCGAGAAGAAUGGCAACAAUUUCCAGACCAAAGCACGCUGCAGGAAGAUAUGCCUGACAAAUGAUCCGAUUAAAGUUUAAUUAAAAUAUAAAUCAGAUGAUCUCUUAUGAAUUCUAUUGAAAUUGUAUGAAGUCAUGGCAAA